AUGCCUCUCCGGAGCCCGGGCGGGGAGCUGAGGCGCGGAGGAUUCGUUCUGGGAGGCGCGUUUGGUGUCUUCACAGCUGGCAUCGACACCAACGUUGGGUUUGAUCCCAAGGAUCCGUAUCGCACGCCAACUGCAAAAGAGGUCCUCAAAGAUAUGGGGCAGCGAGGCAUAUCCUAUGCGAAGAACUUUGCCAUUGUGGGCGCCAUGUUCUCCUGCACCGAAUGUGUGGUAGAAUCUUAUCGUGGAAAGUCAGACUGGAAGAAUAGUGUUAUUAGCGGCUGCAUCACAGGAGGAGCAAUCGGCUUCAGAGGUUGCUUGAUGGGCUGUGGUGGAUUUGCUGCUUUCUCCGCCGCAAUUGACUACUAUCUACGGUAACAGUGGGAGCCCUUGGGAGCAAGUUUCCCGUUUGUUCCAGUGCUGCUGCUAAGAGCCUGCAUCACGGGAGAAGAACCAUCAGGCUUACCUUCCCACUGCCUUCAGAGUCCUGAUCAGUGCAAGCUGGAUGGUGUUGGCCGCUUUUCCUGAAUGACUAACAAUAAUCUGGCUCCGAGCCCUGGCGUGCUGCUUCAGGCAGACUUGCGGGAGUAUGCGAGGAUGGAGCCAGGCGCACUGAGCAGUAUCUCCAGGAUGGAUCAGCUGACUGUCAGUUUCCAGGAAACAAGCCUGGACUCUGAGCUUUUUGGAUCCUUUGGGUCUGAUUUUGAUUAAGUCUGUUGCUAGCAUCAAAAGAGGCAGGAGGACAAUCUUCAAAAAGAAAUGCAGUGAUUUAGGUUACCAUGUAUUUGAACGUGCUGCAAGUGUUUCAUAGUUACCAGUUUGCAGCUUGCUACUCUGUUGGGGAGAGGUAAGAUCCUGUGGAGAAAUAUGUUUGUUCCAGGCUUUUUUUUAAAUACCAGCUGAAGACAAACCACCAUCUGUACAACUUGUCUUAUUUCCAGUACAGAGAUGAGAGCCAGAUUUCUUUACCAUGUCUUAAAGGGAAAAGCAAAAAGGAAUCCAUAGCCUUAGAACCGUGUGGUUACUGGCAGAUGAACAAAACGGUUUGAGGGGAAAAAAGAGGUUGCUGCAGAAGUAUAAUUCUCUGUAGCCACUUGGCUAGCCUGAUUUAACCUCGCUGUGGGAGUACAAAUAAUCUUGCUACUGCUUGAACUGCCACAGGCUUACACCAUUAGUUCCAGCAGUUUGAUAGUGAGACUAGAAAGCAGAGUUGUGAGAAUAAACCAUGGUUAGACAGA